UAGCUGCGAAUUUUGUGGCGGGUAAGCGACGUGCGCAUAUCCUGAUCGAGUAAUACUUAUAAGGAAGGAUUUUUGAAUAUUUUUUAAUAUUGAAUUUUAAGUGGUAAAUUUUUUAAUUGACACAAAAAACAAGUAUUCACAAUAAAAAUGGCAGAAACAAGACAACAGAGCUCCAACGGAAUUGACCUUUACAGUGUUGUCGUCCUAGUUAUUGACAUUAUUGUAUUGCAAAUCAAAUUCUGGUUCACCUGUGUUCAAUCAAUCAUUCAGGCAUUCCUACCAAAAGAAGAGACUAAUGUGCAAGGUGAAGCAGUUUUAGUCACAGGUACAGGCCAUGGCAUUGGUAAAGAAUUAGCUUUGCAAUAUGGUAAACUUGGUGCUAAAGUUAUUUGCUGGGAUAUUAACGAGAAGAACAAUCAACAAACAGUUAAGGAAAUUAAAGCUAGUGGUGGAAAAGCCUUCGCAUACACUUGCAAUGUAAUGAAUCGUAAUGAUAUCAACGAAUUGGCUGACAAAAUCAAAAAGGAACAUGGAUUCAUUUCAAUUAUUGUCAAUAAUGCCGGUAUUAUGCCCUGCCAUCCUCUCUUACAAACUACUGAGACUGAAAUAAGAAAUAUGUUCGAAAUCAAUGUCAUCGCACACUUCUGGAUCAUUCAAGCCUUCUUACCAGAAAUGAUUGAAAGAAACCAAGGCAACAUUGUCGCAUUAUCAUCAUGUGCUGGUCUUUUCGGCUUACCUAACUUAGUGCCAUAUUGCGGUACUAAAUUCGCAGUACGCGGUAUCAUGUCUGCUUUAACUGAAGAACUCCGCCAAAAUAAUCCAAACAACAAUAUUAAAUUGACUUCUAUUUAUCCUUACAUGGUGGAUACUGGUCUCUGUAAGAAACCACGUUAUCGUUUCCCCAAUUUAAUGAAAUUGGUAACACCAAGCGAUGCUGCUGCCUCAAUUAUCAGUGCCCAACGUACUGGUCUUGAAGAAGCCAGUAUACCACGCCAUUUCGUUCAUGUUGACAAAAUUGGACGUCUUUUACCACGAAAGGCCAUGCGUCUCGUUAACGACUUUUUGGACACAGGCGUUGAUUCAGACUUGUAAAUUCCUACAAUAGUUUUAUGCAUUUAGUCAUUUUGUUAUUAAUUAAUUUUAAUGUGAAAUCAUGUAGUUAAAUUUGUUGUUAAGGACUGGGAGUUAAU